AUGAGCACUAGCCCUUGUUGCACUGGGUACAAGUUCCCCCAGUACACACCUGGAGGGUCCUUGAAGAUGCCCAACUCCGACAAGGCCGACUACUUUUCCUACGAAGCCGCUGACGUGAACGAACCCAUGACCAAGCUACAUCUCCAGCUGCCUCUUCUAAACUUCGACACGGCAGACUACUUCGCCAACCUUCCGCAGCAUACUUUUGCCCGAUCUGACUCGGCCUCCUCCACCACCUUUGCAAAGCCCAGAUUACACAAGAACGCUGCGAACUCCAUUUCCUCCUUGACGUCCGACUCCACCGUGGUGGGCGACACUUCAUCGUCCUCCGCUGACCUUUCCAUGUCGACUGACACGCUUAUUGGCGAAAACUCGUCCAACUCGUCCCCCACAAAAAACCGCCGCAACAUGCUCCAGUUGAAGCUCAACGUUCCACGUCGUUCUUUCCAGCAGCCACUGUCGCUGACGUUUCCCCUGGGGGUCAGCGAGCCUCUCUACGAAUUUGAAGAGGAGGAUAAGAAAUGCGUCUCCGCUACUACGCCUCGUUUUAACUUCGCCAACGAAACCCCUAAAACACCCACCACCACAUACCAGCAGCCUCCCUCGCUCAAAUCACUGCUAACGGCCCCUAUUACACUGGCCAGCACCAGUUUUGCUCCUCCCAGCAUCAAGAAGCAUCCUACAUCAGGUGACUUGGGCAGAUCAGACUACGUCGCCUCCAUCCAGACCGAGCAAACAAGACGCCUCCACCAGGUUCCCUUGCAAGAAAACUUGCGUGACAGCAUCACAGGCGUCUCUCCUUCUAUCAAAUAUGUGUGUCGUAAGGAGAUCGUUGCUUUCUUGAAGGCUCGUCGUGUUCUCGACUCCACGCAUCUUCCAAGCGUCUUGAUCAUCGAUAUCAGGCCGUUUGCAGACUACAUGAAAGGGCAUAUUUCAGGGGCGCUUAACGUGUGUCUCCCGCUGACUCUUCUAAAAAGAGCAAAUUUUAAUUUUCUUCGCUGCAUGAACUCGCUUCCAACAUACGAAAAGACUAUCUUACAAAAUUAUAUGCAUCAUUAUUCUGAUGAGUCCUUCAGUGGAUACAGCAUGCCUCCCAUACUUGUCUACGAUAACACAAAUUCUUCCAGCGGUUUAUUGCACAUGUGCAAGAAAUUGGUGGAUGGUUCAAGUUGGGAUUUAAAGAACGGGCCUCCAAUCUAUCUUAUAGAUGAGAACUUCCAGGCUUUCACUGCAUCAGCUCCUGAAUUCAUUUCUUCUGGAAAGGAAGAUACGAUUGACAUUAAUCUGUUGUCUGUGAAGCCUCAAGCUUUGAGUGCACCUGCCGUGACAAAGCCAUCGCUCUCGAUCGAUACUUUGAAGCGCAGUCCAUUGCAACAGCGUCGCUCGCACUCACUCACUGGCGUUCCAUGUUCCAGUGCUACUUUCCAAGAUAUCUCCACGCCAGUGUCGAACUUUAAGCUUCCUCAAGAUAUACCCAUUGCUAAGUUCAAAAUUAGACACAACGAGGAGAUGUUUGAGAGUUUGGUAACACCAAGGAAGGAAGAGUUUGGACUUUCUACGUUGACCCCGGCAGAAAUUGCCAAGCUUCCUCCUUGGCUCCAAGCUGUGGAGAAGAAUUCUUGCUUGGUCACUGAUGAGUUCAACAAGCUUGAGCAGUGCGAGAAGAAUCGGUUGAAUGGUGCAUUUUGCUACAGCGAAAAUAAGCCAGAAAUCUGCACACCUGGUGGAUCCUCGGAACUCUGUCCUCAGAUCAAUUGCGGGCUUGACUAUGGCCACAAGAACCGUUACAAAGAUAUAUUCUUGUUUGAUCACUCGCGUGUUCGGUUAACUGACGGGGCCAGAAUCAAGACCAAAAGUCUGUCUUGCGACUACAUCAAUGCCUCGUAUUUGAACCCACUGAAGUAUGUGGGGGAUGUCGUGCAAGGCGAGGUCACGCAGGAUAAUGUUGACGAGUUGAAGUACAUUGCGACGCAGGGUCCUAUGAGAGAAACCAUUGGUGAUUUUUGGAAAUGUGUCAUCAACCAGAAGUGUCUUUUGAUUGUCUCCUUAUCGGGUGAAUACGAAAACGGUGUGCACAAGUGCUCGCCAUUUUGGAAGCCUGGUGUCUACAGAUCAGGUGAGAAUAUUAUCAAGGUUGACAUUGAGAACGAAGAGAUUCAAGGCAACCUUGUGAUCAGAUCCUUCAAGGUGAGCUCUGACGCUAAGGUCUUCCACCGUGUGUUACAGCUUCACUUGUGCACCUGGGCCGACAUGAGCAGCGCUGUGGAUCCUAAGGAUUUGAUAAAUCUCGUGACUAUCAAGAGGCACGUUCUCGACAAGGUCAGACACCGUCCUUAG